CUAACCCAGCUAUAGCUACAGUCUCUUGGAAACGCAUGAAUGUUCCUAUAGAUCAUUUAUUGGCCAAGAUGUGUGUAUACAGGGAGGUGGAAAAGAGUCAGUGCAUCUUCAAAAAACUCAGUAGUAUUUAUGUCAACCUUGGGACUGUGUAUGUGUCUGCUGUGCUCAGGAGGGAGUUCAUAAUCUCCUUGUACCUAAUUUUGUGUGUAAUGUGGUUUUGUGUUUUUCUCUAUAGCAAGAAUUCAGUAAACAAGUGACUGACACCCUCAGAGAAGUGAGCAGACAGGAGGGGGUGUUUCACUGGACCUGCAGCAGUUAAAUGGAUGUGCAUCAGACACUUUCUCUCUGGCUCUCAUUCACAUGUCUUUAUCAGAGGUCUGCAGCGCUAAUCCUCUUAAAUUCUAGUCAACAGAGGCGGAGCGAACCUCUCGUUGCGUUUCACAGUUUUUCCUCCCGUUCGUCUGCUGCGUGAGGCGUUUGUGCGGGUUGCAUGGCCGAGUAGACUUCGCCGCGAUGUGUAGCGUUGCGUUUUUUGUAGAGUAGCUGCGUAAAAACGGUGCGUCGGAGAGGGAGCAGAUGCGGCUCUUGCCAUGACUUGUCCCAGGAAGCAGAGCUUUCAAGCGGCGUUGAUCUUCCUGUCCAUCGCCCAGCUGACUGCAGGUCUGAAAUGUGUGUGCCAGCUGUGCGCCAACCACACCUGUGAGACGGCGGCAGACGGCGCCUGCUGGAACUCUGUGAUGUUGAUCGAUGGGAAAGAAGAGGCGGUCAAGUCUUGCCUGUCGCCCUCUGAGAUGAAGGGCCAGGUUUUCUGCUACAGCUCCCCUAAUGUCUCCAAGAGGAACUGCUGCUUCACUGACUUCUGCAACAACAAGACUCUGCACUUAGAUCCAGAAAGGCCUUUGGAAGAUCCUGGCUGGAGUAGGCUGCAGCUGUCUGUGGUGAUCCUCGUGCCCUCUUGCCUGCUGUGUAUGGGGAUUGUACUGGGUGUGUUUGUUGUGCAGGGCCAACGCUGUGCCUACAGCAGAGCCCACAAGCAGGACCCAGAGGAGCCCUUGGAUGACCAGAUGCUCAUGUCACCUGACAAAUGUCUCAAAGAUCUUAUCUAUGACAUGAGCACCUCGGGCUCAGGAUCAGGGCUGCCAUUGCUGGUCCAACGAACCAUAGCUCGAACCAUUGUCCUGCAGGAGACCAUUGGUAAGGGUCGAUUUGGAGAGGUGUGGCGGGGCAGGUGGCGAGGAGAGGAUGUUGCUGUAAAGAUCUUCUCCUCCAGGGACGAGAGGUCCUGGUUCCGAGAAGCAGAGAUUUAUCAGACGAUCAUGCUCAGACAUGAAAACAUCCUGGGCUUCAUUGCUGCUGACAAUAAAGAUAAUGGCUCAUGGACUCAGCUGUGGUUGGUGUCAGAGUACCAUGAGCAUGGCUCCCUGUUUGACUACCUGAACAGGUACACAGUCUCUCUGGAGGGCAUGGUCAUUCUCGCUUUGUCCAUAGCCAGCGGACUGGCACAUCUCCACAUGGAAAUCAUUGGCACGCAAGGGAAGCCUGCCAUCGCUCACAGAGACCUGAAGUCUAAAAAUGUCCUGGUGAAGAAGAGCGGCACGGCAGUCAUCGCAGAUUUGGGUUUGGCUGUGAAGCACGACUCCACCACAAACACUAUAGACAUACCGUCUAACCACAGAGUGGGGACCAAGAGGUACAUGGCCCCAGAAAUCCUGGAUGAGACAAUCAAUAUGAACAGCUUUGAGUCAUUCAAGCGGGCAGAUAUCUACUCGCUAGGCCUGGUGUUGUGGGAACUGGCCCGAAGAUGCUCUAUUAGAGGACUUCAUGAAGAUUACCAGCUGCCUUACUACGACCUGGUGCCUUCAGAUCCGUCCAUUGAAGACAUGAAGAAAGUGGUGUGUGAUCAGAAACUGAGACCCAACAUUCCUAACCAGUGGCAGAGCUGUGAGGCUCUGCGUGUGAUGGGCAAACUGAUGAGAGAGUGCUGGUACGCCAACCCCGCUGCUCGACUCACUGCUCUGCGGGUCAAGAAAACCGUGGCUCAGCUGUCCGUCAUCAAGGACGUCAAAGAUUAGUUUGAUUUGUUGCCCUGCAGAUCAGCAUUGGUGCAAAAAGACGAACUGGGAGCAAACAAGGGAGAAACUGCCUCUCUAACUGCCUGAGGCGGCCCUCUUCAGGAAACGACCACAACGUUAACAGUCAGAGCGCUUAUUCAGGUUGUUGUCGGUGCCAAAGUAUUGUAGGAGGUGUCUGUGGCAGCUUUACACAUAGACACCGAUAAUGUAUGUUGGUUAUUUGAACCAAACAUCUGAACUUUUGGUAGGAAGAGCCAUAUCGAAUAAAACAUGUUUUAUUUUGCUACCUCGGACAUUUAAGUGCCCAAAACAUAAAAGUUGCACAUUGUGAUGUUUUUGUGCCAUAUCAUGUAACAAACACAGUAUUGUAGUGUGCUGACUGACAAUCACAAAGGAUACUGGAUAAGAUACCCUAACCGGUUUUUAAAUGACUCACAUACAGACUGUACUUGAUCAUUUGUACUUCAAAGUGUUUUAAGUGCUUUUGCAUAGUUAUUACUGUACUAUUGUAGAUAAAUGGUUUGAUGAAAGCUCUGUAAAUCGAAAGGUUACUCCACAUUUAACAGGUGUACAGCUGUGCAUUUCCUAGUGGAAGAGAUCCUUAAGCUACAUAUAUCUUAGUGGAUUUUUACUGUGAUCAGCUUCUGAUUAUUGAUUUUUAGCAAGGCAGCGUGGCUCUAUAUGACAGGUGGUCCACUGGUUGGUUGAUCUGUUGGUCCAAAUGCCUCGACAAGUAUUUGAUUUUAAGAUCAAGACUCUUGGAACAGACAUUCAUGUUCCCCUGAGGAUCAGUCUGAAUCCAGUUGAUGCUAAUGAGAGCUAAACCUGACAAGAUGAGUUAAAUUAUCACAGCAAACCAUUUUGAUUUAGGUAACAGCUCUACUUUUUUCUGGCACUACCAUCAGGCCAAAUGUUGAAUAUUUUGACUGAACAGUGGUGAAAAAUGCAAAUCUGUCUACAUAUUUUUACAGCCUCAUGGGAUCGGUAGACACAGACGUUUUAGUCUUGUUCUUUAUGUGAAGAGAAGUAAAGCUAUGAACUACUGUAAAUUUUGCACAUUUAAAGCUUUCAGUAGCUGCUUUCUGACAGUUGAAUGCUAGCUUGUUAACAAUCAAAAGCUCAUCCAUGAAUGUAAAAAUAUUUGUUUUAUUUUCCUUGAAUAUAUUUAUUCAAACUGGAACUGGAAUCAUAUUACAAAUUCUACAACCUAAACUACCCCAAGCAAACAUCAGUAAAACAACACAUUCAGUUUCACUAUUGUUAACAUUGGGUCAAGGUGCUGUUUGUGUUUUUAUAAACAGGGAAAUUUAGCAAAUCAUGUAUUACAUCUUUAUACAAAUAUAUAAAGAUAAACAAUACACCGAACAGAGAAGAAGAAGCAUAGAAGCAAAUGUAGGGCAAUAGCAUAUUGUGCAUUGGUAGCAAAUCAUCAGGAAGAGAGUACAGUUUUUAGAUGAUGGAUGCAGAUAUGACGACCAAUGACUGUCAGACAAGGGAAAGCCCACAUUGCUACAUCUGUCUCCCAUGUGGACUUGUAUUCACCCACAUGAAUGCAGAUGUGCCUGUGUGUGCAUGUGUAUGUGUUUCAUAUCAUGUAAAAUGAUUGUGUAAUUUCAUUGUAGUGUUUGUGAAACUGGUGCUGUGGAGAAAACUUUCCCCUGUUUCAUAUCCAUUGCUUUUUAAUUCAUGUCUAGCUGUAUAUUUUCAGUUAAUGUUUACUUUUUUUUUUUUUAGUUGCUAAGGCAAGUGACAUAUUUCCAUAUAGCUUACUUGUAUCAGUGUAGGUAUCCCCCUGUUAUGAAGGUUUCAGGAUUACUGGAUGAUACAUGUAGCAUCAGCAGUGUUGCCUCUUGAAGAUAAGCUAAUGUACAGGAGCCUGUUGCUAUCCCGGCAAUAUAUCAGUUCAUGUGCAAAUGUUCAUGUUUUUUUUGUCAGUGAAAUGAUUAGAUGUCCUCAAUCAUUUAAUCAUUUGACUUUAUGUUGCAAAGAGUACAGAUAGGAAAUAUUUAAAAUGCAGUAUUAAAGCGUCGAGCUCUGCCUGUGUCCAUUGAAAAAAAAACCCUACAAUAUAUAUUUUUUUAUCUGAAGUUGAAUCUAUGCUGACCAAGAUUAUAUUUUGUCCAUUGUGUCAUAUCUGCUUCUCCAAGAAUCAGACAGGUGACCCAGAGACAAAUGGAGAGUGAUUGUUAAAGAAUAUAAAAAGACUUAUCAGUCACUCCAGAGAGGAGUGAUCACCAUGUGCAAUUUCUGUCUGUAUUUUAUGACAUAACUGAAUAUUCACAAAUGUGAUAUUGCUUUCUUAAAACAAGAUCCAUUUUUGAUUUUAAAACCCUCUACUUACUUAGAUCUAUACAUCUGAUUUAUGUAAAACUGUUUUCUGUGGUUGCUCAGAUGUGGAUGUAAUACCAUUGCAUCAUAUCUUUUCUUUUGCACUAUUUAUUCUGUAUAGAAAUACUGUAAGUGAUAUCAGUGGGUCAAUAAACAGUUUUUUUAUGGA